UUGCGUGCGUGUGUUCUACGAGUCUAAAGGUUCGACAGAAAAAAAAAUUAAAUAAAAAAAAACUUAAAUUUCAAUUUUCAAUUUUUCAAUUUCAAAUUUCAAAAAGUGCCUUUAGCAGUAAAAUUAAAUUUCAAUUUUCAAUUUUUCAAUUUCAAAUUUCAAAAAGUGCCUUUAGCAGUAAAAUUAGUUCUGCAGUUGUAAUCCUGCACGGUGGCUCUGAAAUCAAAAAUAGACAGGAGUACAUAGACGGGAAUUCCAGCUGCUGAUCAAUGGAGGACACAGCAGAAGAGGAGAAAGAAAGCUCAUUGAGCGAGUCUGAUUGUGAUGAACUCGUUCAUUUGGCUUGCACGGAGUGCUUCAAUGUGUUCCCUCCAAGUGACUUUGAGGGCCAGCUGGACGAGUUCCGCAUGUGUCGUCCGUGUAUAUAUCGGAAUCCGGAGCUAUGGAGGUUCUUGAGCAAGUACAUAUAUUACCCAAUAGACGCGGUCACGCCCUUGACUCCACUGCAGAAGGUGGUUCAGAAAUGUGAACUGAUGAUCCUCAAGCUGAAAUUCUCCACGCGUCAAUACGACAAGAUCUUCACACAAGAUUCGCUGGCGCGCAAGGAUCGGGCCACAGAGCUCUUGACAGAAUUGAUCGUGAAGUUUCAGGACUUCGAAAGCUGCACGCUGCUAGCCAAGAAUUACGACGAAGUGUUAAAGAUCAUAGAAGAAGAAGAACAAAGAGCGCAGGCAGCUAAAGAGAUAAGGCGACAAGAAAGACACGAACGCAAUCAACAGAAAAGACAACGGAGAGAAGAAAAACUAGAUCGCAGACAACAGAGAGGUCUAGAACUACUACGCAAAAGACAACAAGAAAGAGAGGAGCUGGAAAAGCGACGACAAGAAGAGCAACGGCAGAGGGAACUAGAAAAAGAGAAGGAGCAACUAAAGCAACAAAUGCUGCUAAAGCAGCAACAACAACAACAGCUAGAACAACAACAACUAGAACAACAACAACUAAAACAACAACUAGAACAACAACAACUAGCACAACAAGACCCAGAUUGGCAAGCAGAACAAGAGCGACGACUGCAACGAGAUCUGAGUAAUAAGAAAUGGCAGAAAAAACAACAAAAAAAAUGGGAAGAACAAAUACAAAGGGAACAAAGGAAAAUGCGAAUAAUGGAAGAAAGAGAAGCAGAAUACCAAAGUGCAAGAAAAGAAGCCGAGAGAUUGGUAAAAGAGAAGUAUGACAAAAUGAAAAUAGAGGUAGAUAAGGAAAGACAAGAAUGGAUCAAAUAUCAACAAGAACUAAAAGAAACUCUACAUAAACAUAACCAAAAAGCGAUGGCUAAACAAUCGGAUAUAUUGAAAAAGCAAGAAAAUCCAAAAUGGCAAGCGAAGCAUCAGCCCCUAAGAGAGCAACUAGAAAGACAGAAGGAGCUAAACCAUAAGUGGCAGGCAGAGCAGCAGCUAUUAAAGGAGAAACAACAACAAGAAGAACUAGAACAGCAACGGCAAAAGCAACAAGAACACUACAACAAAGCCAACAACAAGACCAAGAACAACAAGACCAAGGACAACCAGACCAACAACAACCAGACCAACAACAACUAG